UCUCACCCAUUGACCAAUCACAAAACAAGGGGAGAUAUCUGUCCAAUCACGCUUCAUCUGUCCGACAGCACUUCCGGUUGAGGUCCAUGCUCUAUCUGUGCUUACUCGAAUUAUACACGUUUUGUCGCAGUUUAAGAGUAUAUUAUCCCAUGGCCAAAGACAAAUCUUUGACAAACCCGCCUAAAAGGAAGAAGUUGAGUUCAAAUGUCAGCGAGGUUCACGAAGAAGAAAUGAUGGACACUAAAGUAAAAAAGAAAAGGAAAAAGAUGGAAGUAGAGGAGGCUCCAGUACAGAUUCCUCAUGUGACAAUCACAGCAGAUGAUAAAAAACAGAAAAAGGAAAAGAAACACAAAAAGAAACAAAGGACAGAGCAAACACAGAAGACAAAGCAAAGCGAGAUUUCCAAUCCACCCCAUCGCCCAGAGGGGACACACGAGCUGGAGGGAGAGGAGGACUUAAGUCCCGAGGAGAAGCGUGUCCUGGAGAGGAAGAUGAAGAAGAUCCUGAAAAAGGAAGAGAAGAAGAGGCUUAAAGCUGAGGGAGAGACCUUACCGAAAACUGAGGCAUCUGGACCCAUUGCACCUCAGCAGGCCUUAGAUUACCUCACCUGCUGGGCUGAGAACCGCGCAGAGUGGAAGUUCCAGAAGACCAGGCAGACGUGGUUACUGCAGCACAUCUUUGACUCCCAACAGAUUCCAGACGAGAAGUUCUCCGUGCUGCUCCAGUACCUGGAGGGACUUCGUGGAGGAGCCAAAGACAUCACAGUGCAGAAGGCCUUAGUGCAGGUCGAGGAGUCGGGACAAGCACCAGAGGACACCGCUGUCCAGCAGAGGGCGCACAGAGCCAGAGAAGUUAUCCAGCUGCUCUCCUGAACCCACCACCAUCAAUCAAAAUGAAGCCCACUAGAAAAAGACUGAAACAUGUUUGUUGGUCAGUGGACUGAGUGACCGCCGUGGUCUCAAGCUAGGUUUAAAACGUGUUUUAUAUGUAGUUUUUUGGACUGGUCCUUAAGGGGGGGGGGGGGAGGAUGGGUUUUGAUCAAAUUACCAGUAUUGCUCACAUGCACAUUUUAUGUUUAAAUGUGUCUAGGUUACUUUUUUUCUCGACAUUGCUUGUGUGCAUCAUUGCCUGGUAGUAAUCAGUUACCAAAAUAAUUUUCUAAAUUAAAAAUCUUUAGUUCAAAGUUCAUUUUAAACAGUAGCUACUUUUUCCAGCUCCAAAUGUAAAUAAUUCAGAGUCCAGUUUUGCCAUUAGAAUGCCUUUUAUUGUCACUAUACACAUGUACAAUGAAAUUAAAAGCAACUCCUUUCCCAGUGCCAACAUAUACAUAAAAAUAAUAUAACAAUAUAUAAAAUUAGUUAAAAAAGGGGGGUGUAAGGUGCACAGUUGAGACACUAUAUACAUAUGAAAAAAUAAGUGGUUUUAUAUACUGUGUGCAGGGUUAUUGCACAUUAUUUGAAUAUUGUCCAAUAGUGGCGAUCAUAUUCAAUGAGUAAUAGAUUUGACAAUGAGAGGGCACAUUAUGGGCAGAGGAGAAAUGAAGAUGCAACAGAAUGCUGAGAGACUGCUGGAGUUAAAGUGUUAGGAAUGUUUGUAGUAAGACAUGUUUGUGUGUCAAAGCCCCAUAAUCUCUGAAGUCACUUUUCUCAUCUAUUCAAGGUAGGGCAUGGUUUAGUUUUCAUUCUCUUCUUUCCAGCCCAGCAGUUCACAAUUCAUACAUUAUUUGUGGAAUUAAUGUAGACCUAUUCUUAAACUAAAUCCAUCUCAUUAUGUGUGGGUGUGGUCGUCCAUACUAUCCAUACAGCCAAGCUUUGUUGUACCCAUAAUUCACAUCUCAUCCAUGCCCAAAGCAAAUAUACAGUAGGUAGUGUAUAGGAGCAGCUGCCUGUUGUGGUUGCUGGAUCAGAGAGAAUGUAGGCCUUCUGCACCACAAAGGUACGUUUUGACUCUUAUUUCAGGUUAUACACUUUUCAUGUGAAACAACUGAGUCUCUAUAUGCUUGUGACAUCACUUCCUGAAUUUAUAAAAAUAACCAACUGCAGUACUCUUAAUAUUCCAAAGACAUAAAUAACACCGUAAGCCAUCUGUUAAUCCUAUUUUUUGGUCUGACACACAUACACACAAAACACCAGUUAUUUCAUAAAAUGCUUUAUGUCCUGUCCAUUAAAAAAUAAAUCCAGUUAUACUGUUAUACUACUAUA